AAGGACUAACGACAUUUUGGGGAAUGGUGUAUUGAUACAUAUGUAACUUGAUCAGUUACGUGGACGAAGUUAAGGACUAACAUGCGAUGUCCGGCGGUCAGCCUGUUACUCAUGUGUCUUGGCACCGUCCUCCACGUGAUCGGGCUGGCAUCCCAUCAAUGGUCAGUUGAAGGUGACCAGUCCCAGGGUCUGUGGAGGUACUGUGUGCAGGAUGUGUGUCGAAGUAUCCCAGAGCGACUUAACACAGAUGCCCUCUUGAUUUGCCGAGUACUGGCCCUUGCUGGUAUGUUCUUCAGUUUUGUGUCGGUAACUUUGAUUGGUUUAGCCAUACACUGCAAGACCUACCAGUACCGGACGAUUGUGCUGACACUGUUGUCUACAGCAUCAAGUAGUGUGGCGUUUUUUUCUAUCGUGUCAUGCACAACUGUCUGGCGAACUAUCUACAGCGUCAGUUCCAGCAUUGGAUUCUCUUUCAUCAUUAGCAUCAUAGGAGGAACCAGCCUCAUCAUUGGUGUCCUCUUGUUUUUGUAUUACGUAAAGACUGAUAAGUGCGAUGAUCGUUUGUUACAUGUCUAA